AUGGAGGCCGAGGAGCAAUCGGAGCUCUGCUUUCCGCAGCUGGGCAACCUCUCGUGCAGGAAACCCCGCUGGGCUUCCUCCCAAGGCGUCCUCCCGCGGGUUCUGCUGCCCGCGGUCUGCGCGCUCACCGUGCUGCUCAACCUGCUGGUCGUCAUCGCCAUCUCCCACUUCAGGCGCCUGCACACCCCCACCAACCUGCUGCUCCUCUCGCUGGCCGUCGCCGACUUCCUGGUGGGCCUCGUGAUGUGGCCCGGCGAGCUCUACAUGAGCACGAGCUGCUGGGCUUUUGGCGACGUGGCCUGCUUCUGCUACCACUUGGUGUCCUUCGUCGUCACGUCGGUCUCGGUGGGCCACAUGGUGCUGAUUUCGGCCGACCGCUACGUGGCCAUUUGCGACCCUCUGCGCUACGGCGUCAAAGUGACCGUCAAGAGAAUUCAAGGCUGCGUUUGUCUCUGCUGGUUUUUGUCCUUUCUUUACUGUUGCGCGCUUCUGAGGGAGCCGUUGGCUCGCCCGGAAGAGUGCAGCUCGUGCCGCGGCGAGUGCGUGAUCGCCGUCGACGUUGACGGAGGCCUUCUCGAUCUGAUCGUGGUUUUCGUCCUUCCCCUCUGCGUCAUCGUCACUCUGUACGCCAGGGUGUUCGCGGCGGCCGCCUCCCAGGCGCGGGCCCUGCGCUCGCGAGUCGCGGGCGGCGCGCCGCGACGCGGAGCCAAGCGAUCCGAGUUGAAGGCGGCCCGGACGCUCGGGGUCCUGGUGCUCGUCUUCCUCCUUUGCUAUUGUCCAUUUUACAUCGUGGCUCUGGUGGGCGAAUUGGGCUUUUCGUCAUCGGCGCAAUACGCGCUCUACCUGUUGGAUUUCAACUCUUGCGCCAACCCGCUGAUCUACGCCUUGUUCUACCCGUGGUUUCGAAGGGCUGUCGGGCACAUCGUCACUCUGCGCGUCCUGCGGCCCGGCUCCCGCGGGGCCGACCUACUGUAGGCGCCGCGCUCCACGCCGCCCUUUUCUUUU